AUGUUCGCCCAACAGUACGACCAUUCUUUCAAUGACUUUUUUAACCAAUACGUCAACAUGGAUACUUCUGCUGCUGAUGGAAGAGAUUCGACUCUACCCAGCGACUUUGACCAGUUCUUCCCGCUUGACUCGCUAUCCAGCCAUUGUGGCGAUCUUUCACCCAUUGUCUCCACUUCUAAGCGCCAUCAAUCACCGCAGCCCUGGAGCAACGAGUGGUCCCUGCAGGAUGACGGAGCAGCUGUAGAUCAUUUUGAUUUCCAUGACACCGUCCAACCUUCUGCCAUCUCAGACCUGGGUCUGAAUAACUUUGAGGUCUCCUCUCGCCCUGCAGCAACCCACGGUCUGUCCGCAUCGCCAUCCACUCCUCCAACUACCCCGAGACGCAAGCCUACGCAGAGCGCUCUCAUCACUCCCAAAUCUAUCCGCCAUCGCAGCCCGACUGAGCGCCGUUCUCAUUUGCGCAAACAAAGUUUCUCUCCCACUCUAAUUCGUUCUUCCAACCUUUCCAAAGGAAGAAUGGCAUAUCCCGAGGCCUGGACCCAGCGGAUCCAGAACUUUAAUCUUCACAACUCCGACAAUCGUCUGCCGCUAUCGCCUCCGCCUUCAGAUGUCCUCGUCCAACAUGAACCCAUGCCUACCGAACACAUUCUCAACCAACCUACAGACUCAGUAGAGAUGCCUCCUCAGUACGAUGCACACCUUUUCCACCAGUCCCCGUCCGUUCCAAUGCCGACACCGAAUACAUCAAUGGCACCACAGCAACAACAGCAUUAUAUCGCUCAUCCCAGCUCUUCUGCAUUGGCGAACUCCAGCUCCCCCUCGGUAGAUGAUAUUUUCUCUUCAUCGAACUCAUCUGAUCCCCAAUCCCUCUCUUCUUGGCAAUCCGAUUCUCUUCAUGCCUCAGCUCUUUUCACCCCUGAUCUCCAGGGCCAAGAUAGCCAAUGGUGGUCUCCCAUGCCGUCUCGGGUCGCUCAACCACCACCCUCGUAUCUCGCAUCUCCUACACCCGUCCGCUCCAUGCAAAAUGUGGCAGGCCAAAAUGACAUGAUGCAGGGAGGACUCAUGAUCCAAUUCAAUCCCUCAUAUGACAUGUCGGCAGAUCAGUCAUUCACAUCAUCUAAUAUGCUCCCCGCCAACCAUCAAAAAUUCGACACCUCCUUCACCACUUCCCAAGCCCACAUCUCCCAGUCCCCAUCUCUCUCUCCCAAAGCCGGCACAUCCCCCAAGGAUGUCCGAACCCCCUCGAUCUCCAAGUCCUCCCAUCGUCGCACUCACACCCGCAAGCUCUCCGGUCAGAGCACUGACAGCCCCAAGCCCGCCAAGGCAUCUGGCUCAUCGCCACGAGGCACAAACAAGGCCGUCAGCGUCUCGUUUGUCAACUUUACCCAUCAUGAUCACGAGAAGAUUUUGACCGGAGUUGCUCCCUCCGGCAGCUCCAAGACCAAGGCUCGCCGCGAGCAAGAAGCCCGGGAUCGUCGUCGCAAGCUGAGCGAGGCCGCAUUUAGGGCUGUUCGCAGCGCCGGUGGUGAUGUUGAAGCUCUCGAAGCUGCCCUGUGUUAA